GACUUCGGUAGGAACAUACUCUCAAGUACCAACACAAUGGCUUUCAAGUUUGUCGUCUUCUUGGCUUCGUUGGCUGUUGCCAGCGCAGGAUAUCUGGAAGCCCCAGUGUCGUACGCCGCACCAGUGGCCCACUACUCACCAGCAUCGGCAGUGAGCUAUAGCACCAUCUCCCAGGCUGCUCCAUUGGCCAAGACAGUGUCGUAUGCUGCCCCAGCUAUUGCUAGCUAUGCUCAUGCUGCCCCAGCUAUUGCCAGCUACGCCCAUGCUGCCCCGGCCGUUGCCACCUAUGCUGCUCCAUCUUACAGCCACUACUCUGCCCCAGCCAUCGGAGCUACCCACGAGAGCACUGUCCGCUCCCAUGAUGCCACAGUGUCGCACUACUCCAAGGCCGUCGAUACCCCAUACUCCAGCGUUCGCAAAUCCGACACCCGCAUCACCAACGAAGCCCCUAAACUGGCAUACGCCGCCACCUAUGCCGCUGCUCCAGCUUAUACUAGCUACUCCCACGGCCCAUCCGUCGCUACCUACUCCCAUGCCCCAGUAGUUGCCAAGCAAGUGAGCUAUGCCGCCCCAGCUGUCACCUAUGCGCAUGCCGCCCCAGCAGUUGCCACUUACGCACAUGCCGCCCCAGUCCUCACCAAGCAGGUGAGCUAUGCCGCCCCAGCUGUUGCCACCUACGCUCAUGCCGCCCCAGCCGUUACCACCUACGCCCAUGCUGCUCCAGCUGUUGCCCACUACGCCCAUGCUGCUCCAGCUGUUGCUCACUACGCCCACGCUGCUCCAGUUGUGUCUGCCCACGCCACCAAGACCCUGACCUACUCGCCAGCCGUUGAAGUUGCCCAUGUCUCCUACGAUGGAACCCAUGCCCAUUAUGGCUGGUAAAUCAUUGAUCACUGAUCGAUUGAUCCUAGAAUCUCUUCCUCACUCCUCCCUGAGGUAACCUAUUUAUUAGACUGUUGUGUUGUUAGCCGAGCUAAAACCUCCGAAAGUUCGCACUCAUGUAUUUCUUCCCAACCGGGGGAAGAAAUGGCCAUUCUAAGUGCGAACUUUGUGUAUAAAGAUCA